UGUGCUCGAAGAAACCAACCGUCACAAUAUAUAAUUUUAAUAAAUCUUGGAAAAUCCGAAAUACGUCGUUAUCCGGAACCAUUCAUCUCAGAUAAAACUAGGCGGGAUUAUUUUCAGUUACACAGGAAUUGCAACAGAAUUGCGCGACGAGAGAAAUAUUCAGAGGGAAAUAGUUUGCAGUCAUUUUCUAUCGGUUGGGUUACAGCUAAAUACUGUCUAAAUAUUUUGUGUUUACCAUAUUGCCAUUAGAAAUAAUAUACUUAGAUACAACAAGAAUUCAAAAUGUUGAUCAAAGUUAAGACAUUAACUGGCAAGGAGAUUGAGAUCGAUAUUGAGCCAACAGACAAGGUGGAGAGGAUCAAAGAAAGGGUGGAGGAGAAAGAAGGCAUUCCGCCUCAGCAGCAGAGACUCAUCUACAGUGGGAAACAGAUGAAUGAUGAGAAGACGGCGGCGGACUACAAGAUCCAGGGUGGAUCAGUGUUGCAUCUGGUUUUGGCGCUAAGAGGGGGGGGCUCCCCACAGUCCCAGAAUUAAUCUGCCCCCCCCCCCCCUUCCCGUAGCCUCCCGGCCUGCCUUGACCACCAUAGAGUGUCUGCCGGCGACGGCACGCGCACACACAGCUCUGUCGGAACUCUAUGGUGCCGAAAAUGCUCACGCUCGUUGCGUUCUGCUAACGGAUUCUCUUGUCGUGGAAUUGAGUUCUUGUCUAUAAUGUGUUAGGAAAUCAGCACGUUGGCCACCCUUUUAGAUUGACGGUGUGCUAGGAUGGGAAAGCACCAUGGUGCUGUUUUUUUUUUGUUGACUGCUGAUGGAAAUGAUAUAAAUGAUAUAGCUUGAUGUGUUAAUAAACGUUAGUAUGUCACCCGUGUUUGGCCCAUGUAA